GAUGUGCCCACAGCAGAGGUGUCCAUUUUCUUCAUCGAAAUGUGGCCUCUUCCAAUUUCAAAGUGACAAUCAGUUUGCAACUCAUCAGAGCCAUUUCAAGUAACCAGAAAAGCAAAGAUUCAGUACAAACAUGGGACUCUUCAACUUUUGAGUUUCUAAAAGGCGAUUCAGCUAGGGAUAACAGUUCUGGUGUCAAGUUGCCGUUUGACGAAAGAAGAAAAAGUGAAACUUUUGGACAGCUUGUGAGAAGUGAGAUUCAUAAACGAGAAAAUAAGCUUGUAGAAGACAACGAAAAGUUGGUGAAGCAGGGACCCACUUUCGCCGACAACGAAGAAAAUGAUAUUCCAUUAGAAAUGUCACCGUUUCGAAAUGCUGACGGCUCGUUUAUCAAGGGUGAAACCUCUGAAGAAGCACGACUCCAUGAUUUAACUCUAGAGGGAAGAGUAGACAAGUCAACUACUCAAAUUCCAGAUGAGAUUGCAAAGGCUAUAAAUAACAAUAUUCUCAGACUUAAUAUUCCUGACAAGUUGCGAGAAAGGGCUGCGCAGAUUUAUCAAAGCUUGAGCAGAGACCAGAUCCAGAAAGCUCCCCAGACCUCUUUGGAUUGCGAUGCCCACAUCGCAGCACUUUUCUUGCAGGACUAUUCUCAUUCCAGGCAGGUUCUCUUGGAGUUGCAGAAGAGAGUCGGAAAGGAAAAGUUCAAUCCACAGCAUAUUUUGGAUAUUGGUUAUGGUCCUGCAACUGGAAUCGUCGCCUUGAACGAGAUCAUGGGCCCAGAAUGGGUUCCCCAGGAAAAGGAAGCAUAUAUUAUUGGAAGAAACAACCACCAGAUGAAAAAGAGAGCCAAGAUCAUUUUGUCCCGUCAGUUGAACGAACACUUUGAAGUAGAAGCUGGUGCAAAUUUUGCAGAAAACAACGAACUUGAAGUCGAAGACGAAGAAGCGUUCAUUGAAACUGAAAUAAAUGAACAAAUUGAAGAAGAACAAGAAGAGGAAGAAGAUUAUGUUGGAGCUAUCGAUACUUCUGCUAUUCUGUUGCGGACGAGAUUGAGAGAUUCGCUACCUGUUUCGAAAUCGUAUGAUUUGAUUAUGGUCAACCAUUCUCUUUUGACGAGAGAGUUCAAGUUUCCCAAGGAUAUUGACGAUAACAUCUAUAUGAUCUUGAGAUUAUUGAAGCCCGGAGGACACUUGGUUUUGGUUGAAAGAGGCAAUGCCGUGGGAUUUGAGACUAUUGCUAGAGCCAGACAGAUCAUGAUCAGACCAGAGUCGUAUGCGAACGAAGUGGGUAAGAUCCCUCGUCCAUACAUUAAGGGGUCCACCAUAAAGCCACAAAGAUUGAGAAAAGAAGAUCAGAUAAUUUCAGAUGAAGAUAUCGAAUUUGAACAGAAACUCUUGGAACAGUAUGAACUAGAAAAUCUUGAAGAAUCCGAAGAAAUUAAGUUGAAACAGUUGGAAGAAGAAGUGGAAGUCCAAGACGCUUCCGAGUUUGAAAAAGAAUUGAAUGAAAAGUACGGUGAACCCACAGAAGAAGAACUCAAGUUUGAGUUUGAAGAUAGUGACGAAUUUGAAGUUUUACCUGUAGACCAUGAACCCGCUAUUUCUGGUACUGGUUCUGAAUUGGGUUCUGAAAGUGUGGACUAUCAUAUCAGCAUUCUUGCUCCAUGUCCACAUCACAGAAAGUGUCCUUUACAGAUUGGGGAUCCCAAAUACUACAAGAUACCUAACCACAAACAUAGACUUAACUUCUGUUCGUUUAACAAAGUGGUGCAAAGACCAAGGUACACUAUGGAGUUGAAGAAAGGACGUAGGUUGGCUACUACAUGGGAUAAGACUAGUGAAGAUGGGUUUGGGUUAGAUCGAUUAUCAAAGAAAACCUUACAGAGUUUAGAAGGUUCAGGUAGACCCGGCGGUGUCAAUACAGAGAACGGUUCGUACUCUUACCUUAUAGCUCAACGAAGUUUGAACGAUGUUGAAACAAUUAAGAAGAUCGAAUCAGAUCGUCUGUAUAACAACUACGAUGUUCAGAAUAAGUUGGAUGUCAACAACUGGGCCAGAAUAAUACAGAAACCAGCCAAAAUCAAGAAGAACGUUAAGUUAACCGUUUGUUCAGCUGCUGGUAACAUUGAAGUGUGGCAGAUCCCUAAGAGUGUAGGUAAGCAAGAGUAUCACGAUGCUAGAAAAGUAGACCGUGGAGACACUUGGGCUCUUGGAAAGAAAAGUGUUGUCAUCAAGAAUCUGAUUACAGACAAAAUACGUGACAAGCUAGACGUUCUUUCUAAAACUCAAAAGAAGACAUUCCUUAAGGAACAGAGAAAGAAGCAAUGGAAGAAAAAGACCAGUGCAUCGGAAGACGACUUCAUGGAUGACGUCUUCCUGAUGACAGACUCAAUUGCAACCGAAUUGGAGAAUUCCAAAAAGUACCAGGCAAAGGGACGUAGGGCCAACUAUGACGUUGAUCCUCGAAGCUUUGAUGGGAAGUGAUGAGCGAUGAAUUGUAUAAAGAUGUAAAUAAGUGUACAUAGUAUAAAAUAGAAGCUUGUAUAAUGG